GGGUCGAGCCCUACAAAACUCGCCCCAGUGGGCCAGCAAGCAAGGCGAGCUUCACGGCAGGGCCUCCCCAAUCUGUUUCCCUCGGGGGACACGGAGGCCUGAAAGCCCGUGGGUCCGGUGGAUCCCUGGACACGCUAGGACUCAGGACCAACGCCCACCAUGCACGCAGAGACUGCUCCAAGGUUGCAGGCGCUCCUGCUGCCUAUCCUGCUACUGCUCCUGGCCACACCACCUGUGGUUAGCAAGGGCUGCAUCUGCAAAGGCAAGGGCCAGUGCUUCUGCAUGGGGACCAAAGGGGAAAAGGGGGUGAAAGGCUAUCCUGGGCCCCCUGGUUUUCCUGGCCAGAAAGGAUUUCCAGGUCCUGAAGGAUUGCCUGGACCACAGGGACCUAAGGGCUCUCUAGGACUUCCAGGACUCACUGGCCCCAAAGGCAUCAGGGGGAUAACUGGAUUACCAGGAUUUUCAGGUCCUCCUGGACUUCCAGGCAUCCCAGGCCGCCCUGGGCCUCAUGGGCUGGCUGGUUUACCAGGAUGCAAUGGUUCUAAGGGUGAACAAGGAUUCCCAGGCAUUCCAGGGACACCAGGCUAUUCAGGGCUCCCAGGUCCUCCUGGUUUGAAAGGACAAAAGGGUGAGCCCGCUCAAGGAGAAGACAGAGAAUUCAAUGGAAAAGGUGACCCUGGGCCUCCAGGGCCUCCAGGCUUCCAGGGUUUUCCAGGCCCCCCAGGUUUUCCAGGGCCUGCUGGUCCACCGGGUCCUCUGGGAGUUUUUGGUUUUCCAGGCGCUGUGGGACCCAGAGGACCAAAAGGUCAUAUGGGUGACAACGCCAUAGGAGAAAAAGGAGAAAGGGGUGUGAAAGGAUUAACAGGACCUCCUGGGCUGCAAGGAACAGUGAUUGUUACACUCAUUCGCCCCCCGUACAACAAAUCGGAUUUCCAGGGGGAGAAAGGAGACAAGGGAGAGAUGGGUGAACCUGGACGUCCUGGACCUCCGGGGCCACCUGGAGACUCCUACGGAUCAGAAAAGGGUGUGCCUGGAGAGCCUGGUCCAAGGGGAAAACCUGGAAAAGACGGUGCUCCUGGCUUUUCUGGCACUCAGGGAGCCAAGGGCAACAGGGGCCUUCCUGGGCUAAUGGGUGAAACUGGCAUUAAGGGAUGGAAAGGAGACAUUGGCCCUCCAGGAUUUCCUGGUCCAACAGAAUAUUAUGAUGCACACCUGGAAAAGGGAGACAAAGGAAUGCCAGGCCCACCUGGGCCCAAAGGUGCUCGUGGUCCACAGGGUCCUAGUGGUCCCCCUGGAGUUCCUGGAAGUCCUGGACUGUCAAGGCCUGGCCUCAGAGGACCCCCUGGAUGGCCAGGCCAGAAAGGAAGGAAAGGGGAAAGAGGACCCCCUGGAAAAGACACUAUGGGCCCUCCUGGACCCCUGGGCUGCCCUGGUUCCCCAGGUCCGCCAGGCCCACCAGGACCUCCCGGACGUCCAGGUGACGUUGUUUUUCACCCAGGUCCACCUGGUGACCACGGAGUGCCAGGCAAUAUAGGACCUCCAGGAGACCCAGGAGUUGAUGGGCCCAAAGGAGAGCCAGGCCUCCCGUGUACACAGUGCCCUUGCAUCCCAGGGCCCCCUGGUCCCCCCGGAUUGCCAGGAUUAGAUGGUGUCAAAGGAAUCCCAGGAGAACGAGGUGCACCUGGUAUGAAAGGAAACCCAGGGUCCCCUGGAAGCGCAGGUCUCCCAGGAUUUGCAGGAUUCCCAGGUGACCAAGGGCAUCCAGGACUGAAAGGAAGCAAAGGUGAAACACCUCUACCCUGGGGGCAAGUGGGUGACCCAGGCGAUCCUGGGCUCAGAGGUCAGCCAGGGAGAAAGGGCUUCGAUGGAACUCCUGGAAGACCAGGAGCAAAGGGAUCUCCAGGACCUAGGGGGGAACCGGCCCUGAGUGGAAGGAAAGGAGACCAGGGACCUCCAGGGGCUCCUGGAUCCCCAGGGCCCCCAGGACCUGCAGGACCAACUGGACCACCGGGCUAUGGACCUCAAGGAGAAACAGGUCCAAAGGGAACGCAAGGAGCUCCUGGAGCCCCGGGACCACCUGGAGAAGCCGGUCCUAAAGGAGAACCUAGUAUGUCAACACCAGUUCCAGGUCCCCCAGGACCUCCAGGGCCUCCUGGUCAGGCUGGCCGCCGAGGUCUGCCUGGUUUGCCUGGACCUGUGGGAAGAUGUGAUCCUGGUCUUCCCGGACCUGAUGGUGAACCAGGAAUCCCAGGAAUUGGAUUUCCUGGGCCUCCAGGACCUAAGGGAGAUCAAGGUUUCCCAGGAACAAAAGGAUCACCUGGUCAUCCUGGGGAAAGAGGAAAACCAGGCCGUCCUGGAGAGCCAGGCCACCCAGGAGCCAAGGGAGAACCAGGAGUAGGCACACCCGGGGAACCAGGAAAACCUGGCUUUCCAGGAGAAAGAGGCGAUUCCGGGGAAAAUGGAGACAUUGGACUCCCUGGAUUUCCAGGCCUCCCUGGAACUCCAGGAAAAGAUGGCCUUGAUGGGCCUCCAGGAGACCCAGGACAGCCUGGACCACCUGGAGCAAAAGGGCCCCCAGGGAGGUGUACCCAGGGACCCAGGGGUGCCCAAGGACUUCCAGGCUUAAAUGGAUUGAAAGGGCAACCAGGUAGAAGAGGUGAUUCGGGGCCAAAGGGAGACCCUGGCAUCCCAGGCUUGGACAGAUCAGGAGUCCCUGGAGAACCUGGGUUACCAGGAAUGCCAGGUCAUCCAGGUGAGAUGGGACCACCUGGCCAAAAAGGAUAUCCAGGAACUCCAGGAUUCCCAGGGCCACCAGGCGAGAAAGGAGAGCUUGGGAUGAUGGGCUAUCCUGGAAUUGCUGGCCCUCCAGGGCCUCCUGGGAAACCAGGUUCACAGGGGCAGAGAGGUAGCCCUGGAAUCCCAGGAAUAAAAGGCGAAAGAGGACGCCCGGGAGCCAAAGGUGAACGAGGAGAGAAGGGGAUUCCUGGGCCUUCCCAACUUCCAUACUUAAAAGGGGACAAAGGAGAAGCUGGGCUCAAAGGAUUUGUGGGAAAUCCUGGUGAAAAAGGAAACAGAGGCAUUCCAGGGUUACCAGGUCGGAAAGGCCUCGCGGGACUGCCUGGGCUACCAGGCCCUCCAGGCCCUAGAGGAGAUAUGGGGAGCAGUGGGAAUCCUGGAGGACCAGGACCAGUCGGCAUGCCAGGAAGCAUGGGGAACAUGGGUGUGCCAGGCCCUAAAGGGAAAAAAGGAACUUUGGGACUUCCAGGGCUACCUGGAAGACCAGGCCUUCCGGGGAUUCACGGUCCCCAAGGAGAUAAGGGGGAGCGAGGUCAUUCAGUAGGUGCAAGGCCAGGACCACGGGGACCAAAGGGCGAACCAGGAUUGCCAGGUGUCAAAGGAAAGAAAGGAGAGAGAGGCCCGCCUGGGCCACCUGGACAACCAGGGCCUGCUGGAUCUGACGGAGCCCCUGGGAGUCCUGGGAGUCCUGGUCACCCAGGGAAGCCGGGUCCUGAUGGUGAUUUGGGUCUUAAAGGAAAGAAAGGCUUCCCAGGCCCUCCAGGAAGCACUGGCCCUCCAGGCCCUCCAGGACUUCCAGGACCUCCUGGACCAAUGGGUAUGAGAGGUAACCAAGGACAUGAUGGAAUUCCUGGUCCUCCUGGAGAAAAGGGAGAAACAGGCUUACUGGGAGCCCAUCCAGGCCCAAAAGGAAGGCCUGGUGUUCCAGGUAUCAAAGGAGACAAGGGAGCUCCGGGCUUGCCUGGCCUUCCUGGCAGGAAGGGGUCCAUGGGAGAUGUUGGACCUCGAGGACCCCCAGGCAUGAGUGGGCUCCCAGGACCACCAGGUCUACCUGGGGCAAUUGUCCCUGGCCCAAAAGGAAACAGAGGUCUUCCUGGCCCAAGAGGAAGUCCAGGGAAGCCAGGGCCCCCUGGACCUCCAGGACUUAUCGUAAAAGGCAUAAAAGGUGACAAAGGAUUUAUGGGCCUACCUGGCCCCAAAGGUCUACCUGGAGCUGUAGGCGACAUGGGCCCACCAGGUCACCCGGGACCACCAGGUACCCCAGGUCUUCCAGGUCUCAGAGGUGAUCCGGGAUUCCCUGGAUUUCCGGGCAUAAAAGGAGAGAAGGGUAAUCAAGGAUUUCCUGGAUCAAUUGGACAUCCAGGACCAGUUGGGCCAAAAGGACCACCUGGUGCACGUGGAAAACCUGGCACACUUAAGAUCAUCUCCCUUCCAGGAAGCCCAGGGCCGCCUGGUCCACCUGGACAGCCAGGAAUGAAAGGAGAUCCUGGGCCACUGGGACCACCUGGAAACCCAGGGUCCUGUGGACCAAAAGGUAAACCAGGCAAGGAUGGAAAACCAGGAUCUCCAGGGCCAGCUGGUGAAAAGGGCAACCAAGGCUCUAAAGGCCAACAAGGACCACCUGGACUGAACGGAUUGCCAGGCUUAAAGGGAAAACCUGGAGACAGGGGAACACCUGCCUCUGGGACAAGAACGCAAGGGUUUGUCUUCACCCGACACAGUCAAACCACAGCCGCUCCUUCCUGUCCCGAAGGAACACAGGCACUCUACAGCGGGUUUUCUCUUCUUUUUGUACAAGGCAACGAACGUGCGCAUGGACAAGACCUUGGCACUCUGGGCAGCUGCCUGCAGCGAUUCACCACAAUGCCAUUCUUAUUCUGUAACAUCAAUAAUGUGUGUAAUUUUGCAUCACGGAAUGAUUAUUCAUACUGGCUGUCAACACCAGCGCUGAUGCCAAUGGACAUGGCUCCAGUUACUGGCAGAGCUCUCGAACCCUAUAUUAGCAGAUGUACCGUGUGUGAAGGUCCUGCGAUGGCCAUAUCUGUUCACAGCCAGACUACUGCUAUCCCUCCAUGUCCCCGUGGCUGGGUUUCUCUCUGGAAAGGUUUUUCCUUCGUUAUGUUCACAAGCGCAGGCUCUGAGGGUGCUGGGCAAGCACUGGCAUCACCCGGCUCCUGCCUGGAGGAAUUCCGAGCCAGUCCGUUUAUAGAAUGCCAUGGACGGGGAACCUGUAAUUACUACUCCAACUCCUAUAGUUUCUGGCUGGCUUCAUUAAACCCAGAAAGAAUGUUCAGAAAACCUAUUCCAUCAACUGUGAAAGCUGGAGAUUUAGAAAAAGUCAUAAGCCGCUGCCAGGUGUGCAUGAAGAAAAGACACUGAAGAAAUCAAAGAAAAUAGAACCACUUUGUUUCCUUCCUAAAUAACCAAGUCGUGACUCAGUACAAGCAUUUCUUUAGGUCUUUUUUUCUCUAACCUUACAGUGUUGUUCGAUGAAGAUUUGGUAGUGCCAAGUUUCACCACACCAGAAAGCAUUUCACUCAAGUCAGUCUGUGCUGUGGGUCUCUAAAUCUGUGUGGUUUCAAAGUUCCCUGUGGGAAGGCAACAGCUUUCCACAAAACAUCACUGAAAUCGCAUUCCGCUUGCACCCAAAGCGCUGACUAAAUGAUGCCUGUGUGGAACUUGAACUACAAGCUAAGAGAGAUUUGGUCCAGUGAUGUACAACGUGUUCCUUGUCUCCCACUCUUGACCUAAGGCGUUUGGUUUCUUUCCACCUCCUUCCUGAGCCCUUAGACUUCAGCUAGAGAAGGAGAUGGGGGCACAUGAUGACAAGACCUGGAUAGUCAGACCUGUUGAGUGAGUGGUACAGGGCCCAAGAACACAGGAUUAAUGAGGCUCAAGAUAUUUCAGGACUCAUUUAAAUAUGCCCAAAGCUAGGACCAAAGGAAACCUCCUCAAGGGAAUCAUAACAGGCUUGGAUAUAAAGUAUUGUUUUAUUUUCUGUUUUGUUGAUGAUGUCUAUGUGCUUGUUCACUGAGCUGAUUUUACUAUGUCAAUAGAUUGCAAGAGGGUAAAACGUUUACUCUUAGGAGAUUAAUUUUUACUAGGAUGUUAUACACAUACAUGGAAACAUUUCUCUUCAUUGUUUUUCAAUGUACUCACAAGUAACAAGGACACUACUUACUAGGUGUGCACUUUAUCCCCAUUCCUAUAAAUACCAACCUUAAAGAAUUUCACCAGUAGUUCAAUAACCCAGGAAAGAAUGAGAGGCACUCGCGGUUUUUCAGACUCCAAACAUUUUUCUUUGAUCGAAAUAGUUUAUAACAUGGUUUUACAGAUUUGUUCCUUUGUUACUUUUCUAACUUUUCUUUGGAAAACAUCACACACACACACACACACACACACACACACACACACACACACACGUUUUUAUGUUAUAUAUUCUCACCAACCAUGUGGAGAAAGACCACUGGGUGAAAACCUUACUGUACACAGCUGCUAUAUGUCUUAAAACUUGCUUUUAAGUAUAUUGAUACAUUCCCAAGUUUACCUAAUUCAGGCUAACAAGUAUUUUCUUUAGUACCAAGCUAUGUCCAAUAUACUGUGCUGGGGGUGAGGGUGGGAGGUAGUGAGAGAGCCUUGCUUCUGAUCUAAUCUCAGAGAAGGCAACAUAUUCCUUGUGUAAAGACUCUCACACAUGCAAGACCUCCCCUACACACACACACACACACACACACACACACACACACACACACAGCCACAUACUAAUGUAUGCAAGACUUUAAAAAUUUUAAAAAAUAAGAUCUAUGCCCAGGCAAAGUUCAUAACUUUUAAAGCCAAAAUUUGAAAAAUAUUAAGAAAACAGAAAUUUUUUUACAAAUCCAAUAGCUGUGGCACUACUUGAUGACUCUUAGAGGACAGGCAUUAUGAGGCAACGCUUACAUUUCUUGAUCCACUGAGGUGGAAUUGAUGGUGCUGAUAUUUCCGUUCAGGCUGGUGCUGUAUCUCAACUACUCUGUAUUGGAAAAUGUGACCCAAGAAUACAGACAAGGGUUGACAUUCCUCGCCACUCCCAUGACUGCUGCCAGGACAUUUUUAUACCUGAACUAAGACAUGCAACAUCUCAGUAGUAGUAGCAGCAGCAGCAGCAGCAGCAGCAGCAGCAGCAGCAGCCAGGUGCUUGUUAUAAAUGCCAUAAUAUGCCAAUUCCAUAAUAUUCUAAACCUGCAAAAUUAGAAACUGUAGUUGGAAACCAGAACUCUGUGUUUCGUUUUGAUGCGAGCUCAGGCCGGCCCCCCAAAUCACCACAAUUUUUCUGUCUGCAUUUUGUUUUAGAAGUUUUCCCCCUGACUCUGGUGCACGCUACUCUCCAGGCAAACACCCAAGAAACUGGCCACAGUCCUUUCACCAUUGCCUCUUUUAAAAAUUCCCAGGUGACUUUCAGGGUAAUCUGUUUGACCACCAGACUGGUGCUGAUGUCCAAUGGCUGCCCUUCAUUUGCCCCCUAGGCCUUUUGUUUUCCCCCUCUUGUGCUCUUACCAGUAUUUAACUUCUGGGGAAAGACUGGUGAUACUGAACACUUAAAUCCCAAUGAAUCCAUUAUCAACAGUUACUCAGUCACACUUCCAAGUGUGAGCAUUAAAAUACAGCCCAUGCAUAUUACUUCCCGGAUGUUUACAAAUACAUUAUAAAGUUAUAACUGAACUUCAUAUGUGGCUGGAGAAAAGGCUCUGUGAUUAAGGAUGCUGGCUGCUUUGCUGAGGACCAGAGUACACUUCCCAACACCCAGGUCACGUAGCUUACGUCGUAGCUGCCUGUAACUCCAGCUCAGAGAUCCAACCGGCCUCCAGAGACACCCACACCUAGGUAGCAUUCACUCGCACAGACACAGCCACAUAAAUAAAAAUAAAUAAGCAAUGUUUAACUUGAUUAACAAAAUGUUUGUUUUAAAAUUGGUGCUUCAACUUCGGAAUUUCAGUGUGCUAAACCAACCAACUUGUCAACUGCUUGUUUUUGCAAGCUAAACAUUAUUUAUUUAUAAAAGUAUUAAAAAUGUUUAAAUUUGAGUUUUAUUGCUAAUUUUUACAAAGUUUUCUAUAUUUCAAAUGUAACUUACUACCACUACACUUAAUUUAACAUUUUCUC